AUCAAAGAGAUACAUUAAUUCAUCACACAUAUUUUUUCACACACAACAUGGGGGUUGGCUCACGUACGCUAGAAAUCACGGUGAUAUCAGGUGAAAACCUUCGCGUAACGGAGGAUCCAUACGUCGUCGUUCGGGCUGAGUCUUUAAAAUGCUGCACAACGAACAUGGUCAAAGACAGUGGAAACAAUAACUCCACUUUCUUUGCGUGGAAUCAGAAGUUAAUGCUCAACGUGCCUAUGCAUGCAAGAUCCAUCACAUUCCAGGUUCAAUCCAACAAGUUCAAGGCUGUUCGACCCGUUGGAGUCGCCAGAAUCGCCGUUUCCGAUUUUCUGAACGGCGUCGUGUCCCAAAACUGCUUCCAAGUGUUCAGUUACCGGUUGAGGGACUGGGAAGGGAAAAGAAAUGGAAUCAUUCGCUUCGCAGUGAGGGUGGCACCGCCGGAGGAAUGUUUGAAUUCCACGGUGGAGGCGGUGAAGGGAACGGUGGCGAGUAAGGAAUCCGGUGAUCGGUUCUUGGGAAUCGGUGUUGAUGACAAGAACUCUUGUAACGAAGUUGCCAUUGGUGUUCCGAUUUGGUGGAACUACCCUAACGUUGUUUGAAAAUUUACAUUUUUUUAUUUUUUGUAGAAUGGUUAAUUUUCUGUCUUUAGGACUUUGAAUGCUAACCAAAUUAUUUUAUUUUAGUAAAAAUGCACACCAAUAUAAAUUUAUUUCUACAUAAGUUUUAUAGAUUUCUUUUAUUUUUUUCUUCCUUCUUCGAUCGCUACAUUGCUGACAUAGAUAGAUAUCCUUAUGCAAAAGCGCGUGUUCAAUAUAUGCAUAUAUUGCUGCUUUUUGGUGUUAAAAGUUCUUUAUAUGAUAGCGU